AUGGCACAGUUGGAUCCGUCGUCUGCCGAACUCACAAACACUCGAACCGAAGAGAACCUAGUGACGGAAUACAAAAACGAGUGCGAUAUCCAUCGAAUGAUCCGCGUACUCAGCGGAAUAAAUCACUACACUCUUGUGACAACACAUGUCGAAGGCAAUCUCAGUAUGAGAGGGGAAGGACACGUCAGCAUGGGGGCGGGCGUUCAGGGCGUUCAGGGCGUUCAGGUGAACAUCACUGAAUGGCCUGAAGGUAAAGCGGCAAGAGAAGAUUUCCCGACCAAUAAAGAAAACAUAAAUGGUGUCUAG